GCAUAAUAGUUUACGGUAUAUAAAAUGGGAGUGAAACAUGGCGGAUCCUGUACGCGUAAUUUUGCUAUUGGUCACAGUUUCCUUUGUACUUUUUUCACCAUGUCGAGCAACAACACACUGGGUAGUUACCGAAGAUGGAAUGAUUACACAACAGUUGGAUUCUGUGUUCAACCUUCGUGAGCCCUACAACCUGAUAGCAGUCCUUGGUCAGGAGAGGAGCUCCCAGGAGGUCAAUCUCCUGGAGGAGAGUCUACGGCUCCAGAAGGUCAGCAUCGAAGCCAAUGAGGACAAGGAUACCGACCUGGAGCAGCGCUUCCUGGAGACGGAUCCAGACUGCGUGGCUGCAGGUAGACCACUCUCAGAGUUUGAGCUUUAUAUCAGCACCGCCCUCUCACUCGAACAAAAGGGGAUCAAUCCUUUAGACCAUAUGAAGAUGAAGAUCGGUGAAGUGAAGAAGUUCCGCCAGCCAAACUGCUCCAGAGCCCUAGAGCUCACCUACAGCAUACAUGCAUUUGAUCACCUCAAGGCUGUACAGGAGAGAUAUAACAUCAGUAGCUUUCCUGAACCUGAGCUCAUGUAUCUGCUGCCCUCUGUUGGCAGCUUAGAGAAUGCUGGUCACAUGAUCUACAAGGCUAUAUCAAAGAACAGAACAUCCUGGGUUCUGUAUAACCUGGCAGCGUACUACUGGCGGGUCAAAGGUCGUCCAGAGCAGGUCAUCGAGUGUUCAAGGAGGGCACUGCACCUUUCACCGCAGGAGCACAAGAAUGUAGCGUUGAUGAACAUGGCUAACGUUCUCCACCGGGGUCAUCUAUCAGGGGAUGCAUCCGUUCUAGCUGAUGCUGCGUUGGAUGGAGAUCAGGAGAUUGAUAUCGUCUACUUCACUCUCGGCAAUAUCUAUGCUGCGAUAGGAGAGUACAAUAAAUCUAGCUGGUGUUUUGGUCAUACGAGUCGUAUAAACCCAGCAUUGGGCGCAGCAGAGAAGAGACAGCAUGCCGUCAACUGCCAUCAGAAGCUAGAGAGGGCGCUAGAAGCUCAGCAUUCCUCAUUACAGCGAACCCUGUCUGAAUUGAAAGACUAUCAGACGAAGCAAGAGUACUUCCUAGAGCUACAGAAGAAGAUGUUAGGAAUCCAACGCAAGGCUGAAGAUCAGUAUGAGGCUAACCUGAGCUACCAGAAACAUCGCUUUCUACAAGAGAUGGGUGAGAAUCCUCGCUGUGAGGUCAGUCAGCUAGGCUCAGGGACACAGUUCCUCAUGUGUAGGAGGGAUGGCAUACCAGAGACGGAUGUCUACGGCCAACCGUUCGAUGACGAGAAGGAGAUCGAAGUCCUGGAUGAGUCUCGUUUCCAGAACAAUUGUGUGGUCUUUCCUGAUGGGGAUAAGAACUGUCUGAACCUGAGCGGAGCAGGAGGUCCAGCAGGUCCAGUAGAGCAUAUGACUUACUCAAUCCCUCAAGACACAGUGCCUUUGACAUCCCUACCUGAUAGAAUGGAACAACCCAGUGACUCAGAGUGUGCAAGAUGGAAGGGUAUCAAUGUGAGUUGGAAGGAGUUUGCACAGCGGAUUGUUCCAUCAGGACUAAAUGAAAGUCUUGAAGCUCUGAAGAAGAAUGUAGGAAUGCCUGCUGACUACCCGAACACUAAUGCUCCAAGCUGCUCAUACAGGGCUCCUCUCUUCAACGGCAAUACAGGCGUAGACUUUAUAGAGGGCAUAGCAAACAGGGAGUAUCUACCAAAUGUGGGCUGCCCAAUCAAACUCAUGCUGGUGUUCCGAGAGUAUCUGGAUGCUCAGAAUCUGAUGGGGCGAGAGUUUGAUUACCGUGUAGCUUACGCUAUGUCAACCAAAACGGAUUACAAAGAUAUAUGGCUGAUCUACAGUGCAGCAGGUAUUUACUGGCGAGUUCACCAUGACGAUACUAAAGCCAUUGAGUGUCUACGGAGGGCGCUCUUCUUCGCACCCGCUGACCGGGUCAAUAUUCCGCUGACCAACAUGGCCAUGACGAUGGUUGACCACGAGCGCAUGGAGGAUGCCAUUCAGAUUCUACGUAUGGCUUUGGUUGUAGAUAGCAUGAAGCCCACAAUCCGCUACCUGCUUGGAUGUUUAUAUGCCCAUCUGGGCCGGUACCACCAAGCAAGACUAGAGAGUUCUUUAGCUUACAAUCUUGAUCCAGAGUCUGAUGAUGCCUUUGAGGUCUCCUCUAGGAUUCGAUGUUUGCUCAAGGCUUCAGGAGAAGAUAACAAGCCCAACCCGAGCAAAGCAGCAAAGACUGGCAAAGUUAGUGCAAGCACACCAGCUGUUGAGUCUGUCCCUGCAUGCGUGCAAGGCCCACCUCUAGGGGAACAACCCAGCCAGAAACAGCCCCUGCUGGACCCCCUGGGGCUAGUAUUAACCCAACCAAUGGUCAGGUCAACUUUGAGACCUGUUCUGCAGGUACUGCGCCUUCUUCAGCCUUUGGUCCUCAGAUACCAGCUGCCCCUGCACCUGAUGUAUGUGAACAAACUCCUUGCCAAAAGGGACAAACGAUGGCCGACCAUUGAAGAGUGUGCAGGCUACAGGAAACUCAAUCUCAAGGCUUUCUACAGCACAUGGGUCUCCAUUUCUGCUAAAGAUAUGAGAUUGGAUGAGUACAUUGACUUCCGCACACAACUGACCCGUGAGGAGCUGAAGAUACAACCUUAUUGCAAUCCAGACCUACCUACAAGCAUGCAUACGUUAGAUCAUAUACCAGCCAUGGCACAAAGAAGAGAACUAACCUAUGAAGCAGAACAAGGACUUAAAGAGGUGAUUCAAACUAUCAAUGGAGGUUUCAUGGAUCAUGAUGAGGUCGGCACAAGGGUCGCUAAACUCUUACAGAAGGAUCCUGAAUCUUGGGUUGCAACUAAUAUGGCGGCCCUCUAUUGGCGAAUAGAAGGCAAGUCCCUUAAUGCCUUGGACUGUCUCCGCCAUGCCCUUCAUUAUGCUCCUGCAAAUAUGAAGGACCUAGCGUUGGUGAGCAUUGCUAAUAUUUUCCACCGAGUUGGAAUGUAUGAUGAUGCUGCUACCAUUGCUAAGAUGGCCAUCGAGAUCACACCUCAGCUAGUCAUCAACCAUUUCACCUUGGCUAACGUCUACUCCUCAAAGGGUCAAUGGGACCAUGCAUUGGAGUACUACCAAUCCACGCUCAGACUGCAGCCAGACUUUCAGCCUGCUGUGGAGAGGCUGAGAACCAUAGAAUGCAAUGUCCUUCAGCUUACUGCCAAUAAGAAGUAGCUUAGACAGACAGACAGACAGCCACCAUCCUCCCCAGCCAGGCAGCACAAUGAUAAUUAUUUAAUAAUAGCUAUGUUUAUAUUAUAUACGUAUCCAUGGUAUCAGGGGGUGCUCAAGGAGGAUACCAAGUAGUAAUACUACCCUGGCUCUGACAAGCCCAGGGAUAUAUAGGGCUAUAUAAUCUAUCAUCUAUUUAGCAUAACCAUAAAAACAAAGAAAUAAUAGUCCAAAAAUCAGGCCUGAUAAUUUCUUGAUUCCCACCGGCCCCCCCCCCCC